AUGUCACCUUCCCUCAAGGAAGUCUUUCAGUCGAAGCAUACUCCAGAUGGGAAAUCCAGAGUAGGAUUCUUCUCGAAGGUAGUGAAAGAUGGCAAGAAAGAAUGGGCCAAGUUGACAUUUAUGACAUUCGGUCUAAUCACGAUAUUUAAGUUCCUCUUCCUAUCCAUCUAUUUUGGAUCCUACUACCUGCAAACAUCAAGAUCCACGCAUUUCUCCAUCGAGGUAGUUGACCUAGACUCGAUUGCCUCUCCUUACGGAUCGGUCGCUCAUCCCGCUAUACUUGGACCAGCCAUCACGAUGGCCAUCCAGAAUAGUCUAUCGACAGAACCUCAUUUGGGAUGGUACGAAUCUGAUCAAUCAACUUUACAGCAAUUCAGAUUAACGUCCACGGGUCAAGGGAUCGAUCCUUAUGCCUACGCUGAAGAAAGGGUGCUGAACCAGGAUGUAUGGGGGGUAUUGAUUGUGAAUAGUAAUGCUACGAGUGGCGUAUGGAGGGGAUUGACUGAAGGUGUGAUGUGGGAGCCUACUGGAGCUAUGACGUUUCUGUACGAAGAAGCUCGAAACUUUUAUGGUGAAAACCAAUACGUCGCCCGAUUAGGCUCUAUGGUGAUGACAGCCGGUGGUAAUAGCGCAGCUACCGAAUUAGCCUCUCAGAUACUGGCUUUGGGAAAUGCCUCGGCGGUAUUGACAACGGGUGCUCAGGCUGGGGCUGUUAUCGGUCCAUUCAGCUAUAAUUUGCAUAAUCUCAGACCGUUCGACCAGCUUGCUGGUAUCGCUUCUACAACUGUCGGAACAGUCUAUCUGAUUAUUUUCACCUUCCUGAUCUCGGUAACAUGGAACAACCAAGGACUACCCUUGAUCCAAGAUUCCUUAACUAUGAGUUCAGAAGUACUAGUCAAAUUACUAGUCCCAUUUAUAGCAUAUCUCUGGUUAUCAUUAAAUUACUCUCUCGUAUCACUAGCAUUUCUCAUAGAUUUCAGCAGGAAAUUCGGUAAAGGUGGAUUCGUCGUGUACUGGAUGGCAGAUUGGAUAACAAUGUCCGCGUUGGGCUUCGUGAUGGAAACGAUGUUUUUAUGGUUGGGUCCCUUUUUUCCUUUCUUCUUGAUUUUCUGGGUUAUAAUCAAUGUUACGGUGGCGUUCUUGGAUGUCGCUGAUAUGGCGACGUUCUAUCGAUAUGGAUACUUCACACCUGUUUGGAAUUUAGUGGAUAUGGCCAAAUGCGUUAUAUUCGGUACCAAGAACCAUUACGCACAAAACUUUGCCGUUAAUUUAGGCUGGUUGAUAGUUUGGAUGACCUUGUUGGCGAUAACGGUAGUUUACCAACGAAGGAAUAAAGAGAGAGAAAACAUGCGGAAAAAAUGGGAAGAGAUGAAAAAAGUUGAUGAGAAAGAGGUUGUCCGCUAG